UCCCUCCAUGGGAAGAUGCAGCGGGCGGGGCCGGAGGAGGCGGCGAGGACGCAGGCGGCGGCGGGGGGACCCGGGCGGAGCGGGGCCGAGGUGGCGGCGGCCCCCGCCGGGCGGCUCCUGAGGCGGGAGCUGCGGCUGCUCGAGUCCAUCUUCCACCGCGGCCACGAGCGGUUCCGCAUCGGCAGCGCCUGCCCGGACGAGAUCAGCUGCGAGUUCGUCCCGGGGGCCGGGGCCCGCGCCGGCGCCUCUGCCUCCCGGGGGCCGCCGCCGGGACCCGUCCGCAUUCACUGCAACAUCACGGAGUCUUAUCCAGCUGUUCCCCCCAUAUGGUCUGUGGAGUCAGACGAUCCCAACCUGGCAGCUAUCCUGGAGAGGCUGGUGGAAGUCAGGAAAGGAAACACCUUGCUUUUGCAGCACCUGAAACGAAUAAUCUCUGACCUGUGCAAACUCUACAACCUCCCCCAACAUCCAGAUGUUGAAAUGCUGGACCAGCCUCUGCCGGCAGAACAGAGCACCCAGGAAGAGGUGUCCUCUGAAGAGGAAGAUGAAGAGAUGCCAGAGGACACUGAGGACUUGGACCACUAUGAGAUGAAAGAGGAAGAGCCGGCAGAUGGGAGAAAGACAGAGGAUGAAGGCAUUGGCAAAGAAAACCUGGCCAUUUUAGAGAAAAUAAAAAAGAACCAGAGGCAAGAUUACUUAAAUGGUGCAGUGUCUGGGUCUGUGCAGGCCACUGACCGGCUAAUGAAGGAGCUCAGGGAUAUUUACCGAUCACCAAGUUUCAAGGGCGGAUACUAUGCAGUUGAACUAGUGAAUGACAGCCUGUACGAUUGGAACGUCAAACUCCUCAAGGUUGACGAGGACAGCGCUUUGCACAACGAUCUUCAAAUCCUCAAAGAGAAAGAAGGAACAGAUUUCAUCCUCCUCAACUUCUCUUUUAAAGAUAACUUUCCUUUUGAUCCACCAUUUGUAAGGGUUGUAUCCCCGGUGCUGUCAGGGGGGUAUGUUUUGGGUGGUGGUGCCAUCUGCAUGGAGCUGCUUACGAAACAGGGCUGGAGUAGUGCCUACUCCAUCGAGUCUGUGAUCAUGCAGAUCAGUGCAACGCUGGUGAAAGGGAAGGCACGAGUACAAUUUGGAGCCAACAAGAACCAGUACAGCCUGACAAGAGCACAGCAGUCCUACAAGUCCCUGGUUCAGAUCCAUGAGAAGAAUGGCUGGUAUACACCACCCAAGGAGGAUGGCUAGUGUGGAUGCUGCAGGACCAAUCUGAAUAUCUUCUGGAUGCUCUACUUGGAUCUUAGUGAUGCCUCUUGGCUUUCUCCCAGGAUGUAAUAGCUCUGCCUGUUGCAGGACAAUACUGGCUGUUCAAAACUCUAAAUAACUGUUUAAGGAGUUGGACUGACCCACAACACUUGCUGGGCCCAUGCUAGCAGGCAUUCUUGUUAAAACAAACUCUUGAGCCUCUUGUAUUGCUGGAAACUUCUGACUCUACUCCAGUCUAGAGCAUCCUCCUUACCUAUGCUAUGGAUUUAAUUUAUUUUCUUAUUUCAUGUACACUGCUUUUUUUUGUUACGGUGUAUGAUGGAUGUGUAUGGAAAAUGUAUCUUUGGAGAAAAAUUACAGUUUGUUAAUUUGAGAA